GAACGCGUGAUCGUAUCGUGCACCUUUUUGCUUGUUCUCUUGUCGUUUAUUGGCCAGUUGCGAAAGUGAAGCAGGUGCGCACCCCAGGAAAGGUGCUUUGAGUUAAGCAAAAUUAUCUUCAAAAUGGACGACGUUUUAUUUUUGAGCAACGAAUCAGGGUUCCAAAGCGACUGGAAAUCCAUCUACCACCGAGAUGCUCUAUUCUGGGCUUCGCACGAGUAUCACACGGAUGGCAUUAUGCGGAACCUAGUGCCUACGGUAUCAUACCUCACCAGACAAUUCAGCCUAUCUCCGGCGAUCGAGUUUGCCAUCGUUGAGACACUCGAACUUCUGCUGGUGCGCGUGUUUCAGAGCUGGAAAAAAUCGACGCCAACAUUCCUGGAUGAAUUAGAGCGCCAUAAACGAGUAUUUUUUAAGCAUUUGCCCCUGUACACGGUGGCGCUGGUGGACAUUGUAACCAAAUAUAUUGAGCCAUCGAUCAAGCUCGACCUGGCAUCCCUGAAGCGAAUCGCCAAGGUGGACUAUGGUGCUGAUCAAAACAUGCUCGCUGUGGAGUUUGAAGUGAUCAAGCUGCUGGACAGUGAGUGCCGAGCAUCGCUGUUGCUGGGUGCAGUCGAACGAUUUUCGAAGGACUACCUCCUCCCGCUGAACGUGGCCAGCAAGGAAACGAUUGCCCAUCUAGGGAUCAAGCUGCUGCGCGUCGUUACCGCGAACCGGAUGGCCAUCUACAGCAGCCUGGAGACUUUCAUGAAGGAUGCUGCCGCGUUCCGGCGCUUCAAGUCCAGCAAGCUGAUCCUGGCGGGGUCGAUCGUGAUCACGAUACUGUACCUCAUGCCGAAGGUACGCCAUAGCCGGACCAUUCUACAGCAGAUUCUCGAACCGCUCGCGGAUGAAUGUUGCAUACAGGCGACGAACCUGCUCUAUCUGCGAGACGCCAUACUGCGGGUCAUUGGCAAGAAGGGAGAGAACCAUCGUAACCCCCAUUGAUGAUCGAAAGGUUUGCAGGCACCACGAGGAAAUGCGUCGCUCCUUUCCUUCGUAUUCGAUGUAAAUUACAUCAAAUCAGAUCAUGUAAGAUUCAUUGCAUAUUCAAUUAAUUUUUUUGUCGUUUUUUGUACAAGAGGUGAUGGAUGAAGCGCAUGACGUCAAGAACGAUUGAAUUGUCAAUCCCUAACGAGUGAGCGAAAGCAGGCUUGAACGUCAUUGACACCAGGGUCGAUGUUUCCCGGUCGUGCCAGCCGGACUGUUGGUAACUUUGAAAACUGUUUUAUUUUUGCUAGGGAGGCCGAGGACAAGUUGGCGAGCGACGUGGUAAUUAGGUUGCUAGCGUGUGAUAUCCGGGAGGGCAUACAUUAAUCCGACCCAUUAAACUACAUUCACCGUUAGUUGAAUCCGCUGAGAGGCUGAAAUGGAUAUCGGCAUUGAAUUUCUGAUGUGAAAAGGCCGUAUUGAAAUAUUUUAUUUAAUUGGCAUCGAAAUUAGCACAAUAAAUUGUUUAAUUUAAAUUAAUUA